AGAAAGCGUCUUCAUAAACGCUUUCACCCUUCCUCUUCAAUUUCUUCAUUCAAUUUCUCAUCUUCUCUUUUAAUUUGCGAGAAUGAGAGAGUGCAUCUCAGUCCACAUUGGUCAGGCAGGUAUUCAGGUCGGAAAUGCCUGCUGGGAACUCUACUGUCUCGAGCACGGCAUCGGGCCUGAUGGCCAAAUGCCAAGUGACAAGACUGUUGGUGGUGGUGAUGAUGCUUUCAACACUUUCUUCAGUGAAACUGGUGCUGGAAAGCACGUCCCACGCGCUGUCUUUGUAGAUCUCGAGCCUACUGUUAUUGAUGAGGUGAGGACUGGAACAUACCGUCAGCUUUUCCACCCAGAGCAGCUGAUCAGCGGCAAAGAAGAUGCUGCUAACAACUUUGCUCGUGGUCAUUACACCAUUGGGAAAGAGAUCGUUGAUCUGUGCUUGGACCGCAUCAGAAAGCUUGCUGACAACUGCACCGGUCUCCAAGGGUUCUUGGUCUUCAAUGCUGUUGGUGGAGGAACUGGUUCUGGUCUUGGUUCCCUUCUGUUGGAGCGUCUGUCAGUUGAUUAUGGUAAGAAAUCGAAGCUCGGGUUCACUGUGUAUCCCUCUCCUCAGGUGUCCACCUCUGUGGUUGAGCCAUACAACAGCGUCCUCUCUACCCACUCCCUCUUGGAGCACACUGAUGUGGCUGUUCUUUUGGACAAUGAAGCUAUAUAUGACAUUUGUAGGCGCUCUCUUGACAUUGAGCGUCCCACCUAUACCAACCUCAACCGCCUUAUUUCUCAGGUGAUUUCUUCUUUGACUGCUUCCCUAAGGUUUGAUGGUGCGCUCAAUGUGGAUGUGACUGAGUUCCAGACCAAUUUGGUCCCCUAUCCUAGAAUCCAUUUCAUGCUUUCUUCCUAUGCUCCAGUUAUAUCUGCUGAGAAGGCUUACCAUGAACAGCUGUCAGUGGCUGAAAUUACUAACAGUGCCUUUGAGCCAUCAUCUAUGAUGGCUAAGUGCGAUCCUCGCCAUGGAAAGUACAUGGCAUGUUGUCUGAUGUAUCGUGGUGAUGUUGUACCCAAAGAUGUGAAUGCUGCUGUUGGCACAAUCAAGACCAAGAGGACCAUUCAGUUUGUGGAUUGGUGCCCUACUGGUUUUAAGUGUGGUAUUAACUAUCAACCACCUACUGUUGUUCCUGGAGGUGACCUUGCCAAGGUGCAGAGGGCAGUUUGCAUGAUUUCGAACUCCACAGCUGUGGCUGAGGUGUUUAGUCGCAUUGACCACAAGUUUGACCUCAUGUAUGCCAAGCGUGCUUUUGUCCACUGGUACGUGGGUGAGGGUAUGGAAGAAGGUGAAUUUUCCGAAGCUCGUGAGGAUCUUGCUGCCCUUGAAAAGGAUUACGAAGAAGUGGGUGCCGAAUCUGCUGAGGGUGGGGAUGACGAUAUAGAGGAUUACUAGAAUCUAUUUCAGAUUCUCUUGAGGCCCUUUGUUAUUAGUGUUUGGUGUUUGGAUAGCUUCGAGCCUUUGUCAUUUGUUCCUUUGGAUGCUUUGUUAUUUAUGCGCCAUCUUUUCUUAGAUGUUGUCGCAGACCUAAACAUAAUUCUCAUUGGCAUGUGUUAUCCGUAUUUCUCCCUUAUUUGAAGUUAUAUGCAGUUA